AUGAAUCAAGACGGCACCAGUAAAGGUCGUCCUCGUCGUGCUUGCAAACCUUUGGGACUUCGAUCCGAUGUCGAGAUACCCGGAGCUUCACGCGAAAAAGGACAAAAGCGAAAAUCGCGCGAUGACACUAGGGCUAGUCUUCAGGAAAGUCCGUCGACGCACCGACAAAAUAAAUGCCAGCUGAAGGUCAACCGCGCUGGCACGACCAAAGCCAGCAACGUCGAACUGGGGCUUUCCAAGCACCGAAGCCGUGUAUCUGAAAAAAUGGACGAGCUAGACUUUGAUUUUGGCGACAGCGACGGACCGGAAAAUAGAUUGGUGAGAAGGAAUCAGUCAAAAGCGACAGCGACAGCGACCGCCAAAAUAAUCACGACAAAAUCAGUGCCAGGCAAGAAGAAGUCGACAGCCUCCAAGGCUCUUUCAAAGACAAGAAAAGCAGUCCUUCGUAGUCGUUGA